CAUAUCGAUAUGCAACAACAAUUAUUAGUCAGGCAACAACAACAAAAUAACAAAGACAACAAGUGAAAUUAUUAAAACUUUGUAACAAUUGCACACAAAUUGUGAAAUGGGCGCCGCUAUACUACCGAUACUGUUCUUCACAGCCCUGUGGGCGGCCGUCGGCAUUGGUGGACCAAUGAUAACGCCACGCGGCCCCCAACAGAAGCUCACCCAAUGCAUUCUGAUGCUGACCGCUGUCUGCUGUUGGCUUUUUUGGCUCUGCUGCUAUUUGACCCAAAUGAAUCCGUUGAUUGGGCCACGACUCAGCAAACAUGCAAUAGCCAUAAUUGCCGAUUCGUGGAACAUGCCACUUAAGGAAAAAACAUGGAUUGAACCAGGACAAUAAAUAUUUAUAUUAAUUUGUAUUAAUCUCUAUAUUUUUGUAAAAUCUCUUUUUGGGAUUAUAUUUAACAAACUACCGAUGGCAGUCGCAUCGGCAGCAGCUGCCUGUUGUAUACUGAUAAUAUAGUGCAAAUUUGUUAACAAUAGCUGAAAUAUAUAUGUAUAUGUAUUUAUGUACUACUAAAAACCAAUAUAAAGUUGAACUUUGUAACAAGAAAA